AUGCUUCUCUGGACCAUUAGUGAUUUUCCUGCGUAUGGAAACCUCGCUGGUUGCAACGUAAAAGGGAAAAUGGGCUGUCCCAUUUGUGGUAAAAACACAGAUAGUAAGUGGUUGAAGUUCAGCAGAAAGCAUGUGUAUAUGUGUCACAGAAAGGGUUUGGCACCAACACAUAGUUAUAGGAAGAAGAAGACUUGGUUUGAUAGAAAAGCUGAUUAUGGGAGGAAGGGAAGAAUUUUAACAGGUCGUGAGAUAUCUCAGAAUCUGAAAAACUUCAAAAACGAGUUUGGAAAUGUGAAAGAAUCUGGGAGGAAGAGAAAAAUAUCUGACUGUAUGGAACCAGUCUAUGAUAAUGACGAUGUAUCCAGUGAAUCUGAGGAAGAUGAGGAAGUAGAAGUAGAUCAGGAGGGGUUGUCAAGAUGGAAAAAAAGAUCAAUUUUUUUCAAACUGGCUUAUUGGGAGGAUCUUCCGGUAAGGCAUAAUUUGGAUGUAAUGCAUGUAGAGAAAAAUGUGGCUGCAAGCUUUGUCUCUACAUUGUUGCAUUGUGAUAAAUCUAAGGAUGGUCUCAAUGCUCGUAAAGAUUUGGAAGAUAUGGGUCCAGACGGGUACUGUUCUAAUAUAUCAAGGGGUGUGUCAUUAGAGGACUGUAAGGUCACAGGGCUCAAAUCCCACGAUUAUCACGUGUUGAUGCAGCAAUUACUUCCGGUUGCACUUAGAGGGUUGUUACCAAAAGGUCCUAGGACAGCAAUCUUGCGCUUAUGCGCAUUCUUCAACCAUUUGUGUCAGAGAGUUAUUGAUAUAGAGGUGAUUUCGGUAAUGGAAGCUGAAAUCAUGGAAACUCUUUGUAUGUUUGAAAGAUAUAUGAAAGUUCUUAAAGAAUUUGUUCGAAACCUUGCAAGACCAGAGGGUUGUAUUGCUGAGUCAUAUAUGGCAGAAGAAUGUAUGCAGUUAUGUAGUGAUUUUCUGAAAAAGACAACAAGUGCAGAAGAAAAACUUGAUAGAAAUAUAGACUAUGAGAACAGCUCAAUACUAGAAGGUCGUCCCUUAUCCGCAGGAACAACAAUUAAUCUCACUGAAAUGGAGAAGAACAUAGCACAUCUUGCUGUCAUUCAAAAUAUGGCUGCCUUGGAUCCUUAUAUACAUAUGGCUUCAAAUAAUCAUGAAGAUAUAAUUAAAUGGCUGGCAUAUGGUCCAAGGUGUACUGCAAGAUCUUACAUUGGCUAUAUAGUGAAUGGGCAACGUUUUCACACAAGCUCACUUGAAAAGCAAAAUCAGAAUAGUGGGGUUUAUUAUGAGACAACGGCUAUGUGUAGGUCUAGUGCUAAAGAUACUUCCCAAGUAGUUGAUCUGUGUCAAUGGGCAGUAAGAGGUAACAGAGUUAAGAUUGAAGUUGGGUUCACACUUGUUAACUUGAAUCAAAGCCAAGUAAGCUUUUUGAGGGAUCCAUAUAUACUAGCUUCUCAGGCAAAGCAAAUCUUUUAUUCAAGGGAAGAUGAUUCAUCAAAUUGGCAUGUUGUUAUGAGAAGUUCUUCACGGACAUAUAGUAAAGAAGAUGAUCAAGAUGGACCUGCAGAUAUUGGUCCGAUGCUAGUAGAUGUUGACAUGGAUGUUGAACUGGAUGAAGCUGAAUAUACUAGAGCUGAUUGUGAAGGCAUAUAUGUCUCAAAUGUGAAUUAA